AUCAUUACAUUCGAAAAUGGUGUGACUUAUGCAUCUGUACUCAUUUUCCACAGAUGUCAGCUUCUACUGCGCAGAGUGUAACUCAGUCUUCACCUCACCGCUCUACUUGGAGCAGCACGAAAUGACCUGUCUACUGGGACGGCCACCAAGCAAGAAACCGAAACUCCUUCAUGCUACACAAACUACUGUGACCACAGUUGCACCACAAAGCAAGAACCACGGUUGCACCACGUCAUCUAAUCAAACAUCGAACCCAAUGAUGAGUGUAAGCAACGUUCAGAAACCUCUCUCAUUCACUGAUGGCACCUCAAACGAACAACACCUCUCAUUGAAUGAGGGUUCGACUUAUGGUGCCAAAGGCAAACAACUGAUAGAGUUAUCAGGUGAAAAGGGUGUCAAUAGCCACCUAUGUAAUAAGACUUAUUCCAAAAAGUGUAGAGAGCAUGAGAAUGUAAGGCCAUUCAAGUGUAGUGAUUGUGAUAAAGCUUUCCCUAGUAAUGCAACACUUGACCAACAUUUUAAGUCGGUUCACUUGAAAGUGUGCUUGUUCAAAUGCAAUAUGUGCCAUUAUAAGUGCUCACACAAUGGUGAUUUGAAAAGACACAUGGAUGCUGUGCAUUUGAAUGUACGUAAAUUUGAAUGCAAUAUGUGCGACUAUAAGUCCUCAUAUAGUCAUCAUUUGAAACAACACAUGGAUGCUGUGCAUUUGAAUGUACGUAAAUUUGAAUGCAAUAUGUGCGAUCAUAAGUCCUCAUAUAGUCAUCAUUUGAAACAACACAUGGAUGCUGUGCAUUUGAAUGUACGUAAAUUUGAAUGCAAUAUAUGCGACUAUAAGUGCUCAAAAAAUAGUGAUUUGAAAAGACACAUGAAUGCUGUGCAUUUGAAUGUACGUAAAUUUGAAUGCAAUAUGUGCGACUAUAAGUGCUCACAAAAUGUUAGUUUGAAAAAGCACAUGGAUGCUGUGCAUUUGAAUGUACGUAAAUUUGAAUGCAAUAUGUGCGACUAUAAGUGCUCACAAAAUGGUAAUUUGAAAAAACACAUGGAUGCUGUGCAUUUGAAUGUACGAAAAUUUGAAUGCAAUAUGUGUGACUAUAAGUGCUCACAAAAUGGUAAUUUGAAAAAGCACAUGGAUGCUGUGCAUUUGAAUGUACAUAAAUUUGAAUGCAAUAUGUGUGACUAUAAGUGCUCACCAAAAGGUGAUUUGAAAAGACACAUGGAUGUUGUGCAUUUGAAUGUACAUAAAUUGUAAUACAAUAUGUGCAACUAUAAGUGCUCACAAAAUGGUGAUUUGAAAAGACACAUGGGUGCUGUGCAUUUGAAUGUACUUAAAUUUGAAUGCAAUAUGUGUAUUGUUGGUUACAAUUCUUGUUGCAUAUAAAUGAUAACCCUCAUACAUUUGCCUACUACGAUCCCCGGAUUGCAUAAAGAAAGAAGGUAAUACUUUAAAAACAUAGAUGUAGCGCAAAGGUAAACAAUUAUUGUACAUUUGGGAAAUUGUGAAUGAGUGCUCGGUUCUCCUUACACCCUUCAUAACACGGACUAUUGAUUUUUGCAUAGUGACUAACGGCUUUAUAUGUGUUUUAUAAGUGGAGCCCCAACAGGUUAUUCCACAGUUCAACUUAGAAUCUACAAGAGCAAAAUACAAUUGUCUUAAAACCGGUUGAGGUGAAAGUUUUCUAAGAAAGUAGAAUUUUCUUAAAAGUAUCAGAAGAUAUGUUUUUAAAUUAUGCAUAUGGUGGGUCCAUGUGAGCCUCUCAUCUAACAAUACACCAAGAUAUCUUACACUGUCAGAUUGCUGUACUAUUUGGCAAUCACAAUUUAACUGAUCACAUGUGUAAUUAUGAAAUUUAAGCAUUGAAGGAAAUUGCCAAGAUGUGGUUAAUGUAAAAAGCAAAUAUUUGGUUUUGGAUACAUUCAGAGAAAGACCAUUACAAUUGAACCAGACAAGUAAUUUAUGCAAAUCCUCCUGCAUCUUGAAAAAUAGAUUUUCACUGUCUGCACCGCAAUAUGAAAAAGCAGUAUCAUCCGCGAAUGAGACCGGCAGUCCAUUAAAGUCUCCUGAAAAGAGAUCAUUUAUAAAUAUGAGGAAUAACACAGGGUCCAAAACCUAUUUCCAACAGAAACAUAUUGGUGUCGAUUACUCAGAUAGGAGAUAAACCAACUAUGCGCAACACCUCUAAUGCCCGCUCUUAACAGCUUAUCAAGUAGUAGAGAAUGAUUUACAGUGUCAUAAGCUUUUUUUAUAUCAAGAAAUAGACCUGAUACACAAGAAGGCAAUUUGGAAUUGAGAUUGUUAUGUAUUGAAGCCAAGAAACUCUCAAGAGCCAUUUCAGUGUUGAAACCCUCCCUGAAACCAAACUGACGGCAAUAGAAGAAAUUGUUUGAAUUUAGAAAGUUAAGGAGUCUUAUUUUAACAAUUUUUUCCAAAAGUUUUGAAAACACUGAAAUCAGAGAUAUGGGCCUGUAAUUAGUAAGAUUAGAAUGUGAGCCACUUUUAUAAAUAGGAAUAACCUUAGCUAAUUUUAACCUGCUUGGAAACUUACCACAAGAGAGGCUACAGUUGAAUAUAUCAGUAAGAAUUGGAACAAUAGCAACUGCCACAUUUUUAAGAAGUUUGGAAGAUAUUUUAUCAUCACCAGGAGCCUUACCCUGUUUCAAUUUAGAAAUAUGUAGGAAAAGUUCAUUAUAAGUUACCGGCUCAAAGAAAAUAGAUCUAGGACAUUGAUCCACUCUGAAAAAAUUAACAUACUCAUUCCAAGCCCUGCGGUCAUUCUUUAUGGAGGUUGCAACCUCUUUAGGUACAUUUACAAAAAAAAUAUUAAAUAAUUCAGCCACGGUACUCUUAUCUGUGAUAACAGUAUUAUCGUGCUCAAUCUUUAAAUCAAGUUUACUUUUCUUAUUGGGAUUGCCACACAGCUUAUUAAGAGUAAACCAUUUUUGUUUUGGAGGUAGAUCGUUAAUUGAAGAAUAAAAUUUAUUUUUUUCUAUUUGUAUCCAAGUUUUAAUUUUUUUAGAAUAAACCUUCCAAUUGGAUUGUAAUCUGCAAUUUCCUGGAUUUCUCCUUGCCAACUUUGCCAAUUUGUCUCGGAAGAGAAUUGCUGCACACAACCCC